GAGGCGACGUCGGCCACAUCCACACCAACCACCGACGGGCGUCAAAUUAUUAAAAACGGAACGUGAGUUGAUAAGACAGUCUGUUUGUUGAGAGUUUGGAGACUGACCUGGACUCUGACUCCGUUCGCACCCGACCUAAGAGGCAAGGGCUCCCCGUGCUCAUCUAUGAUAAUUAAUUAAAAUUGCGCUAUUAUCCAGUGUCCGUCUUUCGAAACUCAAACGCGUCGGUAACGUAGUUCGGUAGUUCCAAUCGCUUGGAUUAACAUGUCGUUCAAGUACAAGCUUUCCCGCCCAGGUGCUCCCAUCUCCGGGAAAGGAGGAAUUAACGCACCUCUCAUUGUGGUGUCCAACCGACUGCCAUUCGUCCUACACAGAAACAAAGAUGGAACCCUUGAGAGGAAACAAAGUGCCGGCGGUCUGGUUACAGCGGUGGCUCCAGUGGUCAUCGACUACAAGGGUGUCUGGAUUGGUUGGUCCGGCCUCUACGACAUGAAACCAGACGAAAAGAUACCAGAGUCUCACCCAGAUGAUCGUGCCCCAACUGCGGGGCUUCUUUCUAGUCAGAUUAUUCCAGUGAAUGUAGACGAAAACGAGUUCGAAGCUUACUACAAUGGAUGUUGUAACGGAACGUUUUGGCCUCUGUUUCACUCUAUGCCCGACAGAGCCGUGUUUCAAGCAGAUACUUGGAAGGCAUACUGCAGAGUGAACGACUUAUUCGCGAAAGCAACCCUGGACGCUUUGAGGCGAAUCUUGAAGGAGCUCGACGAGGAGGGAAAAACCGAGACUCUGCCUGUAGUUUGGAUCCAUGACUACCAACUUUUCACCGCGGCCACAACCAUCCGUCAGGUUUGUGAUGAAGAGAAUUUGCGGUGCAAACUCGGCUUUUUCUUGCACAUUCCUUUCCCAUCCUGGGAUAUCAUGAGGCUCUUCCCCUGGGACGACCAAAUUCUGCAGGGAAUAUUGGCGAACGACUUCGUUGGUUUCCACAUCGAGGACUACUGCCUUAACUUCAUCGACUGCUGCUGCCGGCGGCUGGGUUGCCGUGUGGACCGGAGCGGGAUGCUCGUGGAGUUGGCCGGGCGGACGAUCCACGUCAAAGCGCUGCCCAUCGGGAUCCCGUACGAGCGCUUCGUCCAGCUCGCCGAAGCCGCCCCCGUCUCCAUCAAGGACACAGAAUCCGUCAAGGUCAUCCUCGGGGUCGACCGUCUGGACUACACCAAAGGUCUAGUGCACCGAAUCUUGGCGUUCGAGCGUCUUUUGGAGAAGUACCCUCAAUACAUCGAGAAGGUGACACUGCUCCAGGUCUCGGUGCCGUCGCGGACGAUCGUGCGGGAGUACCGUCAGCUGAAGGACGAGAUGGACCAGAUGAUCGGGCGGAUCAACGGGCGCUUCUCCAAGCCGAACUGGUCGCCGAUCCGUUACAUCUACGGCACCAUCAGCCAGGAGCAGCUGGCCGCCCUCUACCGGGACGCCGCCGUCGCCCUCGUCACCCCGCUCCGCGACGGCAUGAACCUCGUCGCCAAAGAGUACGUCGCCUGCCAGAUCCGCGACCCCGGCGUCCUCAUCCUCUCCCCCUUCGCCGGCGCCGGCGGCAUGAUGCACGAGGCCCUCGUCGUCAACCCCUACGAGAUCAACGACUGCGCCGAGGUCAUCCACCGCGCCCUCCACAUGCCCCUCGAGGAACGCGAGCUCCGCAUGAUCCAACUCCGCCAUCGUGAGGAGAUCUGGGACGUGAACCAUUGGAUGAACUCCUUCCUCGCUUCCAUGGGCGCCCUCGACGACGAAGAUAAAGAUCCCUUGACCACGAAAACCCUCCAACUCACCCUCGACGAUUUCGACAUGUACCUCCACGGCCACAUCGACCGAAUCUGCAAGCUCAGCCUCAUCCUCGACUACGACGGUACCCUCACCCACCUGACCUCCCAUCCUGACCUGGCCGUCAUGUCCGACGAAACGAAACGCGUCCUCGAGCGGCUCACCAACAUGCCCGACGUGAACAUCUCCGUCAUCUCCGGGCGAAGCCUCGAGAACGUCAAGAAGAUGGUCGGCAUCGAGAACGUGACCUACGCCGGUUCCCACGGUCUGGAGAUCCUCCACCCGGACGGCACCAAGUUCAUCCACCCGGUGCCGCACGAGUACGCGGAGAAACUGCGCGAGCUCAUGCGUUCCCUCCAGGACGAAGUCUGUCGCGAGGGGGCCUGGAUCGAGAACAAGGGCCUCCUCCUCACAUUCCACUACCGAGAGACCCCGCUCAACAUGCGCGACGACAUCGUCAACAAGGCGACCGAGCUGUUCAAGGCGGCCGGCUUCGAGCCGCACAUCGGGCAGUUGGCCAUCGAGGCCAAGCCCCCGGUCAAGUGGGACCAAGGCCGGGCCUCCAUCCAUAUCCUGCGCACCAUGUACGGUGUCGACUGGUCAGAGCGGGUCCGGGUUAUCUACGCUGGUAACGAAGACGCCAUGCUCGCUCUCCAGGGUAUCGCCAUCACCUUCCGAGUGGAUUCCUCGCCCACGGUCAAGACGGCGGCCGAUUACCGUCUCGCUGGACCCGAUGCUGUUCUGACCAUGCUGCGCUGGGUCGAGAAGCAGAUGAACAAACGAGAACCCCGCAUUGCCAAGUCCCCGCGGUUGGCCCGCUCUUCCGUCGGGCAGAAGAAACAGCAGCAACAGUCCCUGGAGUGCAUCCACUCGCAGAUGUCCUUUGAGGAGGAGUCGGAGAACAAGCAGAAGAAGACGAUGGCGCGGAACAGCAGCGGUCAGAGGCCCACCCCGCCGGCCGCCCUGGUCAAUGGCGGCACCGCGAAGAAAUGAAGCGCCUUUCGGCUGCCCGGCAGCUAUCUCAAGUUCCUCCCAAGUCUCGACGGAAAGAGAGCAUGAGGACCCGCGAAUCUUGCCUACUCACACGCCAUCCUUCACAGCAGUUAUUCAGAGAAACCCCUUCAUUUGUUGCCUAAUGCAACAAGCUCUACCCGCUGCAUGCGUGUAUUGCACACAUGAUAGAUUGAAGGGUUGUUUUGAGAGGAAUUGUGAGGGUAACUCUUUAAAUAAGCAAAAUUUGCAGGUCUUAAGCUCGUUAAUGGAAAUUUGUGGUAUCAGGAAGCGUAGGUCAAAUUGUACACAGACUGUAAAUAAUGUUGGGAGAGGACCGAGGAUUCGACAGUAUUUUUGGCUAUCUCUCUUUGGAAACAAACUAUUUGUCUCUUUUUGCUUUAUUUAUUUUCUUUUAUAUAGGUGAGCGUAAAACGCUUGCGAAACUCCAGACAGAACCCUCUCAUAAUUUUUACAAUGAUCUUCCUACAUUUCGUAUUUGUUUUGUUUUGUACAUUUUGUGCCGUUUCAUCUUUUCUGCCUCUUGCUCUCCAAAAUGAAAGAAUGUUAAGUAUGAUUUGAAGUCGUAAUCCAUUCUUUUUUGUUAAGUAAAUUCACUGCUGCUUUUUGAAUUUCCUAUGGCCAUCAGUAUACUCUUAGAGCUUUUGUAACAUUGUGGUGGAAAGAAUGGGCCCUUGUUUUCAUUUCGCACUGUAUCUUAGUAUACAGGAAGAGAAUCUCCAUGGGAUCUCGCUUUUGAGAUUAUCAGAAAAGAACACGAAAAAUGAUCGUAAUUUAAACUAAGCAUCUCAGGACUGAUGCACCAAAAACUACAGAGUAAUCUACAGCAUGAAGAGGCCUGGUUUGAAAGACAGAAUAUUUUUUGCUCUCCUUAAAUAAUCCAAAAACUUUUUUGUAUGUUUCUUUUGUUGUUUUUUUUAUUUAUAUAAUGUAUUAUAAUGACCUAUCAUUACGGACUAUGUAAGUAAUUUAUUAACUCUUUAGUCAAAUAAGUUGAUUAGUCAAUAUGAUUAUGAUCUGAUCGCUGUUAGGUGGUCCUGAUUUAUUUGCUGCCUAUGGUUUUGUAUCAAUUUCUACUUUUUUCUACCACGUUCUAUACUUUAUUUGCAGAUGCAGAUAAUGUGCCCAGUGAUUAUAUUUAUGAGGAUUUUUUGCUUUUUAAAUUUUCUUGAUUAUGCCACAAAUACGUCCGAUGUUGAUAAAAUUUAGAGUUAGGAGCUUCAAGUUUUCUUCAUUUGAGGGAACACACGAAGAAGAUUCAAAACUCCAAGUUUUGUCAACUUUUGAUGAAGAAUUUUUCAAGGCCAUCUAGCAUAAAACUGUGACCAAAAAAUCAUAAAUAAGUCAGUCGUACAUGUUUUGCGCAUGAAUGCAACAUUAUUCAAUGGUUUUUGAAUAACAUUAAUGAACCAAAAACAAUACUUUCCCGCUCGUUAUCAAAAGUUACAUCGAAAAAAAUUGAGUUAAAUUAAGCAUUCCAUGAUAAUAUAUAAACUUUAAGAACGUUUUUAUUUUAUUGAAAAUGAAAAGGUAAUAUUUACAUGGACUAGAAUGACUUUAUUUAAAUUGAUAACUGCUAUUAUGGCACCCUAAUACUGAGCACUUGAUUUCACUUAAUUUUGUUUUUCAGUGUUUGACUUUGGAAUAUUUCAAUUGACACUAAACACCUUGACUCAAAUUUAACGUGCUAAGCUUCUUUAAUAAAGUGAUAACAAAAAAUUGCGCUUUUGCUAAUUAUGGAGGUGACUUAUUUUAAUUAUCACCUUUCUUGAAAAUAGAAUGUUGUUGGAUGCCUAAGUAAUCUUAUGUGUCAAAUAACUGUAAUUUGUACCUACUUUUGUAAUGUGAAUAACGUAUUAAAGUGAAAGAAGUCAGGAAAA